UUUUUUUAAGAGAUUGGACAACUAUAUGCCUGAAUCGGUGCAGAGUCACGGUCCCCUUCCAGCCCUAGGAUUCUACGAUCCCUUUGGGCCGCCCUAGCGAAGGGGAAGCGUGAGCGAAAGCGAAAGCGAAAGUGCCCGCACUCCUUUCGCUUUCCCGGCUGCCUGUGGCCGCGCGGCCGUUGGGCGCUUUUCGAGCCCUGCCUUGCUCGGGAGCGGCCGGUCCCUCCGCCUCGCCCGGCGCGUCCCGGCGGGGUCUCGGGGAAGGGGAGGCAGCGCCCAUGGCCCGGGCGCUGCAGCCCAUGCGGCUGAAGGAGUGGCUGCUGGCCCAGGUGGAGAGCGGUCGCUAUCCGGGACUGCGCUGGGUGGACGGCCAGAAGACGCUUUUCCGCAUCCCCUGGAAACACGCCGCUAAGCAGGACUACCGCGAGCGGGAGGACGCGGCGCUCUUCAAGGCCUGGGCCAUCUACAAGGGCAAGUACCGGGAAGGGCUGGAUCAGGCCGACCCCUCCGUCUGGAAGACGCGCCUCCGCUGCGCUCUCAACAAAAGCCUGGACUUUAAAGAGGUGCCGGAGAGACGCAACCUGGAGGCCUCGGAGCCCUACAAGGUCUACCAGGUGGUCUGCCCCGAGGCCGCCCCAGACACAGAGAAGGCAAGUAGGACAGACUCUGCUCUGCAGGCAAAAUACGCCUUGGCGCCAGCACCCGAAGCAGCUGCAGCCCAUCUCUUGUCGGACAAGGCCAAACCAUCUACGGAGCCUGAUAGGAAAAGGGCAGAUAACCCAGGGGGUCCUCUGAUACCCCAACAGCUGAGCAAUCCAGACCUCCACGGGUGUCAGGUGAAAGCUUUUUUCCACACUUUGGCUCCAUCGCAGAUCUACCAGCAUCCAAGCCGGGCCUUCGUUAGUCCCAGUCCGCUCUUGGUCCCCAGCAAAAGCACCAACUCAGAUUGCUGCCUUCACGUUCGCCUCUACUAUUGCGACGUGCUGGUGAAGGAAAUGACCACCAGCGCCGCCGAAGGCUGCCGGAUCACCUACCGGCCGGUGAUGGCAGAGAACGAGGACCUGUAUGGUCCCAGCGGCAUGGACGAAAUCCAGUUCCCCUCUCUGGAUGUCCUGGGCUGCCGAAGUUGGGGGCCCAAGUCCAUCUUGGUCUUGAAGAGAUUGCUCCCCCAUUUGCAUCGCGGGGUGCUCCUGUGGGUGGCUCCAGAAGGAGUCUUCAUGAAACGCCAGUGCCAAGGGCGGGUUUACUGGAAGGGGCCACUGGCACCCCACAAGGAUCAGCCGAACAAGCUGGAGAGGGAGAAGACCUACCGGCUGUUGGACACUCAAGAAUUCCUCCAGGAGUUACGAGGCUUCCUCAGACACGGAAAGCCGCUACCGCAGUACCAGAUCCACCUCUGCUUUGGAGAAGAAUUUCCUCCAGUCCCCAACCAGAAGCUCCAGAGGUUCAUCACCGCCCAGGUGGAACCCGUGUUUGUCCACAAUCUCUGCCUUCACGCCCAGCACUAUCUCCCGGGCUCUCAAACAGGGCCUCCAAAGGCUCCCAAGAAUAUCAUCCAGAUCCUGCAGCAACUUAGCUCCUCUUGACCCGCUCCAGAAGACCUGGUUGCUUCUCCUGAGGAUGUCCAGCUUUUGUUCGCGCUGACCGAGGAACCUCUCUCAAGAUUCAGCCUCUUCUCUCAGGGAUUUAUGGCUGGCUUGUGCUGAAAUCUUGUAUGAAUAAGGACUCUGUGUUUAAGUUUUAUUAAAACAUGUAAGAAGAAGAAGAAGAACAAAGGUAAACUGAAAAAGAACAGAGAAAACAAAAAGUAAGAGAACUGACAGAAAAAGCUUUCGUGAAUAAGGUUGCUGUGAUUAGCCUGGAUAUUCCUUUUUAAAUAUAUAUUUAUAUAUAUAAUUUUUACUAAAAAUUUUAAGAACAAUGAUCAGAAUGAAUAUAAAAGAACAAACGAGGAAGGAAAAGAAAUAAUAGAAAAGGCUUUGAUGAAUAAGAGCUCUGUGAUUCGCUGGGAUGUCCUUUUUUAAUAUAUACGGUUUUUAUUAAAUAUUUUAAGAACAACGAUAAGAAUGAAUGUAAAUUAAAAUGUUAACAGGAAACAAGGAAAAAAGAGAAAUUAGGGAAAACAUUUGUAUGAAUAGGAGCUCUGUGUGCUUCGCCCGGAUCUCCCUUUUUAAAUAUAUACGGGAGAAAACCCGAACAACCAAAGACCUAUAUACAAAUACCCGCGAAAACCUCAGAAAACAAAUAUAAAUAUAUAUAUAUAUAUAUAUCUACAAUUUUUAUUAAAUGUUUUAAGAAUAAGAAUGAAUGUGAAUUAAAACAGAACAAACAAACAAACAGAGAAAAAAGAGAAAAUAACAAAACAUUUGUCUGAAUAGGGGCUCUCUGUUUGGCCUACAAUGAUGUUCCUUUUUUUAAUAUAUAUGUAUGUAUGUAGGUAGGUCUUUAGUUAUUCGGGUUUUCUCCCGUGUAAAAUUGGAAGUGUCUUGGCGAUGUUUCGACAAAGUCCCAUUCGUCGUCUUCA